GACUGGGGGCGGGGUUACCUGGAGGGGAGGACACAGAGCUAGGAGCCCCCUCCCGGCACCUCCGAGGACGCGGGUUUGUCCUCCCGCCCCCGUGAGCGCCGCUACGAUUGGCGGAAAGUUCCGGGACCGCUCCGCUAUUGGCCAUCCGUCCGGCCGCCUCCGGCAGCUCGGGGGCCCGGCGGGGCUGCGCGGCCAAGCGGCGCGGGCGGUGGGCUGCGCCUGGCCGGGGCCUGUGCCCCCGGCCGCUCCUGCCGCCCUGUCCCGGCGCCAUGCAGCCCCCUGCGCUGCUCUGCGCGCUCUGCUGCGGCCUCUUGGUCGCGGCUGCCCGAGCCGGCUACUCGGAGGACCGCUGCAGCUGGAGAGGCAGCGGCCUGACCCAGGAGCCCGGCAGCGUGGGGCAGCUGGCCCUGGCCUGUACCGAGGGCGGGAUCGAGUGGCUGUAUCCGGCCGGCGCGCUGCGCCUGACUUUGGGCAGCCCCGACUCCGGCGCACGGCCCCGCAUCGCCUGCUUGCGGCCGGUGUGGCCCUUCGCGGGCGCCCAGGUCUUCGCAGAGCGGGCGGGUGGCUCCCUGGAGCUGCUGCUGGCCGAGGGCCCAGGCCCGGCCGGGGGCCGAUGCGUGCGCUGGGGUCCCCGCGAGGGUCGAGCCCUCUUCCUGCAGGCCACCCCGCACCGUGACAUCAGCCGCCGCGUGGCCUCCUUCCGCUUCGAGCUGCGCGAGGACGGGCAUCCGGAGCUGCCUCCGCAGGCCCACGGGCUGGGCAUGGAUGGUGGCUGCAGGCCCUGUAGUGACGCUGAGUUCCUCUUGGCCUUGUGCACCAGCGACUUUGUGAUCCAUGGGACCAUCCACGGUGUUGCCCACAACACAGAGCUGCAGGAGUCCGUUAUCACCGUCACAGCUGCCCGUGUUCUCCGCCAGACACUGCCGCUGUUCCAGGUGGGGGCGUCUGGGGGCCCGGUGCAGGCCUCCAUUCAUACCCUGCUGCGCUGUGGCGUCCGCCCGGGCCCUGGCACCUUCCUCUUCAUGGGCUGGAGCCGCUUUGGUGAGGCCUGGCUUGGCUGUGCACCCCGCUUCCAGGAAUUCAGCCGUGCCUAUGCAGCUGCCCAUGCCGACCACCUCCACCCGUGCGAGGUGGCGCUGGACUGAGGGGCCCUGAGAGCAGGGCUCUGGGGAUGGGCCGGGAGGAGGGUGGGUGGGGGAGGGGGUGGCCUCCAGAGGGCAUCACAGUACCAACGGCUUCUGAGGGAAUAGCGAUAGCCAAUAAGAACAUUGAUUUCACUAGCCAACAUAGGUUGAAUGUCCUAUGCCUGAGCCUAGUCCUGGGACUGCCCUGAUUCCUACUACACACAGUGGGAGACUGAGGCUCGGGGGCAGUGGUGCCUUGUCUGAGGCCACCCAGCUAGUGAGUGGGACAGUGAUCCGUGCCCAUGCCCUGGGGAGGGGCCGCUGCUGGGCGGGGGUAUGCAGGGGUCCCUCUACACACACACCUACGUGAGCUUUGGCUGUAUUGCUUCUGCACCCAACAUCAGGUGCUUCUUCAGCUCAGAGUAGGAGUGGGAAAGGGGCCAUAACACCCAAGGUCUCGGACGGGUCGUAUCCCUUAUGUGGACCAACAUCACUCCCAGCCUGGGAGGAAGGGGUUGCAAUCUGGCAGGGCGCCGACUUCCCUCUGUAGUCUGUUGGGAGCCCAGCAAAGUCAUCCUGGCCCCAUCCCGCCCUCGGGGAAGAAUGGGCCCCUCUGUCCCCAGGCCCCUGAAAGGAGGCCCCUGCAACGUGCUGAGCAUCCUGACGUGGUGCAGAGCCCAUGGGGCAUGGGGUCUCCCCUACGGGGUCCUGCUUGUUGCCCAUUUCUGGUGGGCGGGGCACAUAACGGGACCUCUAAGGAGCAUUUCCCGCCACUGGCCCCAUUGUUGCUGUCCCCGCCUUCCCCCUCAGUUUCAGCCACAUAAAGGGCCAGUGGUUCUGGACAAAGCCGGCAGCCCUGAGGCUGAAAACCCCUGGGGUGUGGGGGCUUCUGAACUCUGAAUGAGCUCAUUCUGUUCUCCCCAACUCCACAGCUCCUGGGAAAGAGAGCCGCAGCUUAAGUCUGGAGGGACGCCUGGGCUGAGCCUUAGGAACAGCUCCCCAUCCUUACCUGCCGUCUUUGCUGGGGAAGGGGCCAAGGGUGUGGGCGGAGGCCAGGAGUCCUGCCAUCUUUCAGGCACGAACUGAAGCUGUGAGAGGGACAAGGCUGUGUAGGGCCUUCACAUAGGACCCCUUCCUCUAGAUUUGGGAGACACUGGACUUUCCAUGGGAUGACUGUCUAGAAGCAGCACGUGCAUGGGGGGGCAGUCCUUCUACUCACUGUGGGGCUGAAGAGAAUUACAGGGUUGGGGGGCACAGCCACCCUGGAUGGCAGGCCCCACUGGGCUUCCUCCCAUCUCUGCCCCUCCUCCCCUCCUCCCCUCCUGAGACUUCUCAUUGCUCCCUCUCACUUCCCCAAGCUUGGGGCUUUAAAUACCAUCAGUGUGCUGAUGACCCCUACAUUUUGAUCUCCAGCCUGGACCUCUCUCUUGAACUGCAGACCCUAGCAUCCUGUCAGUCCCCUUCCCCCAUCAGGGAGUAUCUCAGCAAACAGCAGAGGAGGAGGAGGAAGUGAGGGUACCCUGACUGGCUUCCUCCUCUCUGUCUUGGGCAGGCCCCAAGGAGUGCUCCCCCAGGGCUGAGCAGCCCUUUGCCCUGCCCUGAUUCUCUGGCCAGCUCCCCACAACCUCUCUGGGAAGGAGGCCCUGGCCACACACAGUGGUAACUGGACUGCCUCUUGGAUCACCUGUCCACAAAGAUGUGGGGCAGCUGCUCUGGGGUGGGCCCUAGGCUGGACACUGGCCUCUACCCACCUGCCUGAGCCUCCCAUGCACAUACUGGCUACAACCAGCGCUCUUUUCAUAGGUGCACAAAGAAUGGGAGUGGGUGUGGCUAACAGGGCCACCAGAGCCUUGGGCCAGGGACUUCAUGCCUGCUCUGCAGGGAGUGGCCAAGGGGAACACGGUGUGGGUGAACAUGCAUGCUGGCACUAUGGGAGCUGGCCUGCAGGGCGCCUGUGGGGCACUUCUGGGUGUGUACACUUAUGUGGGCACGCACCCGACUGCCCAGUGCCCAAAGGCCAAGGAGCAGAGUGCCAGAUGUGAACAGAACAGAACAGAGUUGUAGGGGGUGUGUGCCGGUUAGGUGAAUGCAUUUAGUCAAACUUUUACCGAGUGCCUUCUAGGUGCCAGGUGCUGCUCUAGGAACUGAGGAUAAUGCAAGGAACGAGAGACAGUGUUUGUGUAAGACUCUCCCAGCCUAGAUCCCAGGGCACACCCUUCCUUUCUGGGGAGGGCCCAAUGACAGUCCCAAGGAGACAGGAUGCUCUGAGCCAGGUGGGGCUGGCCCUUCUCCCCAGGGCUCAGGUCUUGGGAGCAGGGCACUGGGGUUUCCUGCCACCCAGAGACACCUGUCUUUCAGGGCUGGGGCUCAGUGUGGGCAGGCAUGUGAGGCACUCUGCACUUGGGGAAUGGGGACAGAGGUCUUGGGUGAGUCCCAUGUCUGAAGCAGCCUCUUCCCCUGCUGGGGCCCCUGUCUGGGACUGUGGAUGGCAGAGGAGCCAGGCCAGGGCCUGUGUGCAGACAAGCCCCUGACAUUCAUGGCCAUUUGACCUCAGAUUAGGGUGAAGGAGAGGUCCUGGUUCUGCCACUUGACCCAGGGCUCUGUCUGCCCACUUUCCUAUAACCAGACUUUACCAGGUCACCUCUGGGAACUGAGUUUAUUUUUUUUAGUUUUUUUUACUUUUUCUGGAGGAGGAAGGUGGUCUCCCCAGUGCCUGGGAUUCUUUCUGCAGCCCCCAUGGCUGGGCCAGCUGCCAGAAGCCCUGGCCCCUUACAUCUGGCUCCCUUUACACCAGGCAGCCAACAUCUGUCUUCUCAGGUCUGCUCAAUGUCCCCUUGGCAUCAGUCCCCUCCUCCCUGCCCCUUAGCUGAGCGCCAACUUUCACCUCCCCCUUUCCCUCAGACCCCAGUAUCUUUUGUUUCCUGCCCACUUGGGCUAAUAGCCUUCAACUGUGAGAGGUAGCCGGAAGGGUGUCCUCCCUGCAGCUGCUCCUAAGCUUGGCUGGCUUUUGGGGUGUCCUGAUCAGCAGAGACCUCUGCCAGUCUCCCUGAGACAGAGCUAUAUAGGGCCUUGCUGUGACCCAGGGUGACUGGGCCUGGAUGCUGCCUCACCCCCAGCGAGCCCGUUUCCUACUGUCAACCUUAAAAAUAAAAUAGCUGGUUAUUUUACCAGCAAAAAAAAAUGCGUUUAUUUGGGAAUGGCAGAAGAAUUACAAUUUGGGGCUUGCAAACUACAGUGAACCACAAGCAAGUCUGGAGAACAAAGGAGGGGGAAUGUUAUUUUAUAGAGAAAAAGGAGGAAGUUGGGAAGGAGGGUGGUUGUAAGCAAAAGUCCAUUGGAGGAGAGCAAGAGUUCAAGGUGGUGGUGGCUUCUUAUUGAUGAGUGUGGUUGCUUCUCAUUGGCUGGGCUGUUGCUGCGUGAGGAGAGAAUCUUCCUCCUACUGGAGUAACUGAAUUUAGCUUCCUGUUUGAGUCUUCAAGGUGCCGUGAGUGGUAGCGUGUGAGAUCUCCUCCUUCAAGGCUUUCUGACUGAUUUUAUGAGGUGUUCGUUCUUUAUUUUAACAUUUCCCCCUUUAAGCAAGAUCUUUUUCUGAAGGCAUCAUUGACCAACAAUCGGUUUUUCCACAUUUAGUGGUUUUGUCCCUUGCUGCCAAGAAGGACCUUUCCUGGUUGUCAUGUUCCAUGUCAGAGAGAAAGUGCACAGUGAUUGGAAAUCACUGAGGUCACGUUUGAGUAACAAGGAGGGUAGGAGGAAGGACGCUCAGGCAUUCCCAUCUAACGUAUUUUAUCAGGGUCAUAAGCAUUGCUGAUAUCUUGAAACAUUGAGCCAACAUCAUUCUAUUCAGUGCAUCAUUUCUGCAGAAGCUUGACAGGCAACAGGUACAAAGUUUGAAAAUAAUUAUAAAAACAAAAUGAGCAGAAUAAAAUCCAGUUUACAUAAUGGCCCUAAAGCAGAAGCCCAAACCUGAGGUAACCAGCCAAAAUAGGUCAAAGGACCAUGGAGGCUCAGGUGAUUUGUUGUAACAAAUGGGCCUAUUCCCUAAUUUUGUGUAAUUGGGUGUUGCCACGCAGCUGUCCAGCCGUCUGUCCCCCCACACUUAACCCUAAACUGACCCUUUUUUUUAAAAG